AUGAGCUAUUCGAGUGCAGCCAGGUCGACUAGCAAUCCGUAUGUGCUGCCCACGACCAGCAAUUGUUGUGGGAAUGACAGCAAUGUGGAGCUGUCAGCAACUGGUUGCUGUGAGGAAUGUCAUUGUGGCAUGCAAAGCUAUGAGCAUUUGCCCAGGCAACGUCUGCAACAUCCGCCGCAGGUCACAGCUGCCAUGCGGCAGCAUCGACAACAGUUGCAGCAGCAACAUCCGCAACAUCAGCAACUCAGCUGCAUUACAACAAUGCAGCAAACGACAACAACACAGCAGUUGCAAGCGUUGCCUUGCCAUGUUGCAGCUGCCACGCCUGCGCCCAACAGUUGUCAGCGUUACGCAUUGCCUGUGACAACAACAUCAGCAACAUAUGCGAGCAAUGCGCAGCCAGCAGCAACACAGCAUUGCCACUCCGCCUGCAACAACCAUAACAAUCACAGCAACUUUAAGAGCAGCAACAAUGCCACGCCCAUGUUUUUUGUGCCCUUCAGCAUGCCCCUGCCACAUCAGCAACAUCACUUUGCACAGCAACAGCAGCAGUCUCCUUUACCGCCCGCUUCAGCGAAAUUCAAGUCAUCGUUUUGUCAAACACCUGCACCACCACCACCGCAACCACCACCAUUGCCACCACCACCGCUGCUGUUGCCCUUUACGCUACAUUAUCAACAGUUGCCGGCAAUUGCAACAGCAGCAACAGCAGCAGCUCCUUCUCUGACGGAGCAACUAGUUUCUGGAGCUUUGCCUGCCUGUGCACCGCCUAUACCGCCAACCCGCAAUGUGUUGCCACUCAAGGCAGUUGCUGCAGCGGCCAUUAAAGCACAUCAGCAGAACGGUCGAUUGCCCCGCAACCUGCCCGCGUUGCGUGCCAUGGAAAUGGCGCUGCGUACAAACUCCUUUGCCAGCUGCAGCCCAACGGAGGAGGAGGGCGGUGGUCAACAGGACAUGGAUGAGACCGAUGACAGUGACUCGGAAAUGGAGUACAUGAUACCGUUGCACAGUGAGUAG